AUGGCCGCCUCCACCAUGUCCAUCUGCUCCGACGCCUGCACCCACGCCUCCUGGCAGGUGGACGACUGCCCAGAGAGCUGCUGCGAGCCCUGCGGCGCCCCCAGCUGCUGCCAGCCCCGCGGCUGCGCCCCCGCCCCCUGCCUCACCUUCCUCUGCUCCCCAGCGGGCUGUGCGUCCAGCCCCUGCUGCCAGUCCGUCUGCGCCAGCUGCUGCACACCCUCCUGCUGCCGGCCUUCUAGCUGCCAGCCCUGCUGCUGCCCCUGCUCAGCCUGCCAGCCGUCCUGCUGUGAGCCCAUGUGCCGUGAGCCCGUGUGCCAUGAGCCUGGGUGCUGCACACCUGUGUGCUGUGAGCCUCCUGUGUGCUGUGAGCCCGUGUGCUGUGAGCCUGUGUGCCAUGAGCCCGUGUGCUGCGGGGCUUCCUCCUGUUGCUGCCAGCCGUCCAGCUGCCAGCCCUGCUGCCGCCCCUGCCCGCCCUGCCCGCCGUCCUCCAGCGUGUCCCUGCUGUGCAGGCCCGCCUGCUGCGUGCCCACCUCCUCCUGCUGUGCCCCCUGCUGCCAGCCCGGCUGCUGCCGCCCGGCGGCCUCGGAAGCGCUGGCACCUGUAGAAAAUCCUGGAGGCGGGGAAGCUGAGGGCGCGGGGGUCGGCGGCCGCCAGCCGGAGGCCUUGCGCGCCGGGGGUCUGCACCAGCCGCACUCCAACCACAGCGCUCACUGCGGGGACGGCCUCCGCCAGGAUGUCCAGGGGGCCCAGACUGCCCCCACCGCCACGGCCCCACAGCCAUGGCCGUACGGCCACGGCCCCACUACCACGGCCCCACGGCAGACUCCCCGAGCACGGGGCCCAGCUCUGCGCUCCGUCCCCUCAGACCGUCCCCACCGCGGCACCCGGCUGCUGCCGCCCGGCGGCCUCGUGCGUGUCCCUGCUGUGCCGCCCUGCCUGCUCCCGCCAGGCCUGCUGUGGCGGCUCCCCGGGCCAGUGCAGCUGCUGAUGGAUGCGGCCCGGGGCCAGCGGGCUGGCCUGCUGAAUUGCCCCAGCACUGGGAGAGCCCGCCUGCUGCGUGCCCACCUCCUCCUGCUGUGCCCCCUGCUGCCAGCCCGGCUGCUGCCGCCCGGCGGCCUCGUGCGUGUCCCUGCUGUGCCGCCCUGCCUGCUCCCGCCAGGCCUGCUGUGGAACAAGCUCUUGCUGCUGAGUGAUCCCCAGAGCCUGGAGCUCAAGGCCUGGCGCCCCACCUCUCUGGCCAUGCCUCCAUGCCCAGCCACUCCUGCGUGCAUCAGCGCCUCCAGGGAAGCCCAGGCCACCCCGGCCAGGUGUGUGGAGAGUGACUGGAUGGGGGCACUGCCCAAGGUGUGGCCCCCAACACCCCCCUUGCUCCCGCGGAUGGGCCCCUGGCCCCCAACACCCCCCUUGCUCCCGCGGAUGGGCCCCUGGCCCCCAACACCCCCCUUGCUCCCGCGGAUGGGCCCCUGGGACCCAACACCCCCCUUGCUCCCGCGGAUGGGCCCCUGGGACCCAACACAGGAGGGCAGAAAUGCCAGGGAAAGCCAGAUGGCUCAGAAAGGGACUGCAAGUUCAGCUCUGGAUAACGUGGACAAUCAGAGAACCUUGCCAGCAACCCAGAGACGGCCGUGGGACAGGACCGCUGAGACCCGGCCGUCCUCUGACCCGGGAGCCACAGUGCUGGAGCCCAAAGAGGCCAUCACAAGCUGGCUGCACACAGGACCCCUGCGCGCACAGGACCCCUGA